AUGCUGAACUCUGAUGGAAUUGCACUAUUAGCCCUUUCCAGCAACUUGAUACUUCCACCGUCGGUGAACUCUACUCGGAAUUCAUCAUACCCAAGUCGCUGCAGAUGGGCGGGAAUAAGUUGCGACAGAAGUGGAUAUGCCACUUCAAUUGAGCUUCCUGUGCUACGAAUUUCGGAUUCUCUGGGCAAAGAAAUUGGGUUGCUUAGAUGUUUGAAGAAACUAAAUCUUGCUGCCAAUGAUCUUUCUAGAUUUAUUCCCUCAGAAUUGGGCAAUUGCACCCUUCUUGAACACUUGAAACUCUCAAAUAAUUUUCUUUCAGGUGAGAUACCAGUGACCCUUCAGAAUUUAGAAAAGUUAUCAAACUUGGCGCUUUACAAUAAUUCAUUGAGUGGCAAUAAACCGAGUCUUUUGUUCCAAAGACCGUCUCUUGAGAUUAUUUACCUUAAUGAUAACAAUCUCAAUGGCUCAAUUCCUUCUUUCAAUGCAAAUGCAUGCAAUGUUAAAUUAUUACAGCUUGGUCAAAACAAUCUUUCUGGUACAUUGCCAAAUUCAAUUGGACUUAUUCCCAUGACCAUAGAUAACCUCACAGAAAUGGAUGUUAGUCAAAAUGAUCUAGAGGGGAACAUCUCUUUUAGUUCAAAAACAAUAUGCAAGUUGGAGAGAUUAAUUUUCUCCGGCAAUAUAUUUGAAAGUGAACUUCUAGGCAUUGGAAAUCAAUUGGUGGUUUUGUUAUUAGGCAAUAAUAUGCUUAAUGGGACAAUACCUCCAGGCCUUGCAAACUUUUCGAGUUUGAAGAGGUUGGUUCUUUCACACAACAAUCUUAGUGACUCAAUUCCAGAAUUCUUUGUGGCAUCAAAUUUGCUAUAUAUUGAUUUAAGUUUCAACAAACGCAAUGGACAAAUUCCUCAAACUGUAGGGAACAUUGUGAAUCUGACCAUGAUCAACUUAUCUAUGAAUAAGCUUGAUGGACCGAUACCUCGACAAAUAGAAAACCUAUCCAACCUUCAGCUUCUGAAUCUGUUCAAUAACAAUUUGUAUGGUCCCUUGCCUUUUGAAUUAUCAGAAUGUCAUUGGUUAUUUGUGUUGGUCUUGAGAUUCAACUCUUUCAAUGGAACAAUACCGAUAAACUUUGAAAAUUUAUCUCAUCUCUCUCAGUUGAUACUGCAAGAGAAUUGA